AAAAUGGAUCCGAUCGAAUCUGUGGAGUACAAUGACUUCGAGAUCUCCAACGGUAACUCCCACGUCGACCACGGCUGGAAGAAAGUCGUUUACCCGAAACGCAACCGCAAACAGAAACCCGCCGAUCUAACGGCGACUAACGGCAAAAAUGCAGCUAACGGCGAUAACGUGUUCCGUUCGCUGGAGGAGCAAGCUGAGGAUCGGAGGAAACGGAUCCUGGCGGCGAAGAUGGCUGGUUCAGAUGUGGAGGAUGUAGAGUUCAGAUCUAAACGUAGAUCCAACGGUUACGGUGACGAAGGGUAUGAUUUCGAUGAUAGUGGUGAUGAGAUCGCGGUGACGAUGAAGGUGGAGGAGGCUAAGAAGAAGAAACCGAAGAAGGAGAAGAAGCCUAAAGUGUCUUUGCCUGAAGCUGCGGCGAAGAUCGAUCCUUCGAAUCUCGAAGCUUUCCUCAUCGAAGCAUCGGAAUCGUAUGCGAGUCAGCCGGAGAUUCAGCUGAUGAGAUUUGCUGAUUACUUUGGGAGAGCACUUUCCGGAGUGUGUUCUGUGCAGUUUCCAUGGGUGAAGAUGUUCAAAGAGUCUCCUUUGUCCAAACUCAUCGAUGUUCCGUUGUCUCAUAUUCCUGAGCCAGUCUACAAAACAUCAGUUGAUUGGAUCAACCAACGUCCUAUUGAAGCUCUUGGAUCCUUUGUGCUGUGGGCGUUUGAUUGUAUUCUCACGGAUUUGGCAGCACAUCAAGGAGGUGUUAAAGGUGGGAAGAAAGGAGCACAACAACAUACUUCUUCCAAGUCUCAGGUGGCAAUAUUUGUUGCAUUAGCAAUGGUAUUGCGUAGGAAGCCUGAUGCGUUGACUAAUGUGUUGCCUACUCUUAGAGAGAAUCCUAAGUAUCAAGGUCAAGACAAGCUUCCGGUUUUAGUGUGGAUGAUGGCUCAGGCCUCUCAAGGUGAUUUAUCCGUAGGGUUGCUUUCAUGGGCACACAACUUGUUACCUGUAGCUGGUAGUAAGAGCUGCAACCCUCAGUCAAGAGAUCUCAUCUUGCAGUUGGUUGAGAAAAUUUCAUCGAAUCCAAAGGCUAGGACAAUACUUGUAAGUGGAGCUGUUAGGAAGGGAGAGCGAUUGAUUCCACCUCCUUCAUUUGAGACCUUGGUGCGGCUUACAUUCCCUGCCUCAUCCGCAAGAGUCAAGGCAACAGAGAGGUUUGAGGCAGUAUAUCCCUUACUGAAAGAAGUGGCUCUUGCCGGUGCACCAGGAAGCAAGGCGAUGAAGCAAGUCACACAACAGAUAUUCACUUCUGCUCUGAAAUUAGGUGGAGAAGGUAAUCCUGUUUUAGCCAAGGAAGCGUCAGCAGUCGCUAUAUGGGCAGUGACCGAGAACGUUGAUUGUUGCAAGCACUGGGACAAUCUCUAUAAGGAGAAUCUUGAAGCUAGUGUUGCUGUUCUUAAAAGGAUUGUAGAUGAAUGGAAGGAGCAUUCCCUCAAGCUAUCAUCAUCACCGAGUAAUGUUGCUACUCUUAACCGAACUAUGAAGAGCUUCAAGCUAAAGAACGAGGAAGCCAUCACUGAAGGAAGAGACAAUGCUUCUCUUUACAAAGAAGCUGACAAGUCCUGCAAAGUGAUAUCAGGGAAACUCUCCCGUGGAAGUGGCUUCCUCAAAGGAACAGCCAUUGUUGUGGUUUUAGUUGCUGCAGGAGCAGCUUUUCUGUCUUCCAACCCUGAGGCUACAUCCGAGCUGAAAAACCUGGUGGACUCAUUGGAGCUGCACCAAUACUAUAACCCAAUCAUCACAGCUUUGAAGAAUUAAGAGAGAGAGAAACAAAAACAACUUGAGGAUGAUAAGCAGAGGUUAACUCUCUGAUUAUAGUCAGUGUUGAGAAAUUUAGACUGUUUAAAUUUGAGUCAAAGAUAAUUUUUUUUUUCCCAUAAUGACAAUAAAGCUCUUUCUGUUUAUUAUAUGCUUUUGAGU